AAGAAACAAAAAAGGUAGAACACGAGGUAAGAAGAUUGAAGGAAGAAAGCAUAAUUGGAUUCAGAUGAAAUGGUGAGAGUAAGCAACCAGCUUCUGCAAAAUGCACGAACACUGGUAUCCGAUUUCCUCGUUUGCCCUCUCUCCAAACAGCCCUUGAGGUACUGUGAGGAAUCAAAUUCCCUAAUCAGUGAUGCCAUCGGCGUUUCCUUUCCGGUGAAAAAUGGGGUACCUUGCUUGAUUCCGAAAGAUGGGACGAUACUUGAGGAUGAAGAUGAAUCAAAACCUGAUAAUGAUACCAAUUUAUCUGCAGUGAGUGAAGAUAAUCAAGGAAGAAGUUCUUAAGAUGAACUGUAAGACGUUUGAUGUUUGGAUUUAGUUUCACAAUGUCGUUGUUGUCUUUCUAAGCGUUUCCUCAUGUAUCUUUUUUCACAUGAUGAUCAAAUUAUCUGUGAACCUGCUGUUGGUAGAAUGUUGUAUGAUUAAGAAGUUACCCUCUGAGAAUAAUUUUUUAACAAAUAAAUCUUUUGAUAUUUCACUUCC